AUGGCCAGCUGCCUUGACACCAUCCGUGCCAAAACAGAGGCUCCUACGCCAGGCCGGCGUCCAGGCUACAAAGCCAAGCGAUGCAUGUUCCUAGACGCACUCCCGGAGAGCCAUCCGAAACGGCCCAGCCGACUGGAGGUGUACGAGGCACUGGAUGCGCUGCUCAAGGCCGUGUGGCCCCAACCGUUGAGCAGCGCGGAGAAGAUGCGACGGGCUCCCACUGCCCGCGGCUCCUCCGAUCGCCUGCUGCCCAAGCACUUGCCACACCAGCGGGCGCUCUGCCCGCUCCACCCCUUCCAUGCGGCCGAGAGGCCGGUCGCGGCGCCGGCCGAUGGCAACGAGGCGGCCUGCCCCAACUGCUACUGCUUCGCGUGCGACGCGCCCGUGUCCGCGUGCCGCCACUGGCGGGGCGGCGAGCCGAGGGUGCCGGCGCACUGCAACGCGCACGCCGGCAGCGCCGAGUGGCGCACGCAGCGCUCCAACGCCAAGCGGCAGCGCACGCGGGCGGCGCGGGCGGCGAGGGACCCGCUCGGGCUGGGCUGA